AUGCUGAAGAAGUUGCAGGCGCGAGAUCCGCCGCUCUCAGAUAUUGAUAAGUACUUCGAAACCCCUCCGAUCAGCGUCGCAGAUACCACCGGCCAAAACUGGCUCUACAAUUGGUGGAAGAUGCACAAGGGCGAGUAUCUGCAGAUGGCAGCAGCAGCCAGGGACUAUCUAGCGAUUCCUGCUUCUGAAGUUGCUGUUGAGAGAGUCUUUAGUAUAGCGAGGGAUGUAUAA